GUCUCUUUCCAGUUAGUCUUCCCCCAACUCUCAAACUUUUCUCCCCUUUCAACCGCUAAAGAUUUUCACCUCCCCUCUCUCUAGAUACAGAUUCUCCCCUUCAAAUUUCCAAUCAAUUUUUCGUGGGUAUAAAUAUCUGUGGCUGAUCAAAAUAGAAAGGAGCUGUUUUUUUUUGUUAGGUUUGGGGAUAGUACUGUUUGGUGUCGCUUGUUAAAUACACUGUUUUGCUUGGUAGAUUGUGCUGUUAGAGCUCUUCUGUGGGUCCAUAGUUCCACUGAAAGAAGGAUUUUUCAUGGUGGAAAUGAAUCUGUUUUCUUAGUGCUGAGUUCUGCAAGAGUUCUUUUCUGAUUUAUUUUUCCAAGGUUUUGAAGCAGAAAUUGAAGUCGUGGAUUGGGGAUUGAUGAUGAAUUAAAGUUGGAUUCUAUUUGGUAAAUAUAAAAAAAUGGCUAAUCAUUCAAGAAUGGAUAGAGUUAUUCAGCCUCCUCUGGUUGAUUCAACGGCUUGUCUUUGUAGAGUAGAUGCCGGGCUCAAAACGGUCGCGGGUGCUAAACGGUACGUGCCUGGGUCAAAACUCUGUCUCCAGCCAGCCAUCAAACCCUCCAUCCACCCCGCGCGACGGAGACAGCCUCGCGACAAAAACCGGACGCAGGCCCCACUUAUUCCCGGACUCCCCGACGACCUCACCAUCGCCUGCUUGAUCCGCGUCCCAAGGAUCGACCACCCCAAGCUCCGUCUCGUCUGUAAAAGAUGGUCCCGUCUCUUAGCUGGCAACUUCUACUACUCACUCAGAAAGAAAGUCGAGGUUGCGGAGGAAUGGGUUUAUGUCAUCAAGAGAGACAGGGAGGGUAAGGUGUCGUGGCACGCGUUUGAUCCGGUGCACCAGGCGUGGGUCCCGCUCCCGCCCGUGCCCAAAGAAUACUCCGAAGCGUUAGGGUUCGGGUGCGCGGUCCUCAGUGGCUGCCAGCUGUACUUGUUCGGCGGGAAAGACCCGGUCAAGGGGUCCAUGAGGAGAGUGGUGUUUUAUAGCGCCCGGACGAACAAAUGGCAUCGGGCCCCGGACAUGCUCCGGAGGCGGCAUUUCUUCGGGUUUUGCGUGAUGAACAACUGCUUGUACGUCGCCGGGGGAGAGAACGAGGGGGUCCACGGGUCGCUGAGGUCGGCGGAGGUUUACGACCCGAACAAGAACCGGUGGUCGUUCAUCGCGGACGUCAGCACCCCGAUGGUGCCCUUCAUCGGGGUGGUGUACGGUGGGAGGUGGUUCUUGAAGGGGCUGGGCGUCCACCGGGAGGUCGUGAGCGAGGUCUACGAGCCGGAGGCCGACGCGUGGGACCCGGUCCAUGACGGGAUGGUGUCGGGGUGGAGGAACCCGAGCACGGCCCUCAACGGGCGGCUGUACGCCGUGGACUGCCGGGACGGGUGCAGGCUCCGGGUGUACGACGACGCGUCGGGCUCCUGGGCCAAGCACGCCGACAGCAAGAUGCACCUGGGGACCACCAAGGCGUGGGAGGCGGCCGCGCUGCUCCCGCUGAACGGGAAGCUGUGCGUCGUGAGGAACAACAUGAGCAUCUCCCUCGUCGACGUGGCGAAGUGCGGCAGCGGCAGUGGCGGCGGCGCGGCGGCGGAGGAGAGCGUGUGGGAGAACAUAGGGGGGAAAGGGGGGCAGCAGCUGAAGACCCGGGUGACGAACUUCUUGUCGAGCAUCGCGGGGCGGGGCCGCCUGAAGAGCCACAUCGUUCACUGCCAGGUUCUUCAGGCUUGAUUGAUGAUGGAGCUUUCUGAAGGGCAUUUGAGAGAUUCAAUUUGUUUGUGUGUGAUGUUUGUUUGUUGUAAGAAGAUGAAGAAAGAUAGCAUAUGUAGUAGUAGUACUGGGUUAGGGUUUUAUUAGGGUAGAAAGGGAAGUUUAAAAUUAUUGAUUUUUUUUAAAAAAAACUGGGAUUUGCCUUUGUGUGGGGACAAUUGCAUUUCAUCAAAUACAUGCACAGCUUUCUCUUGUCUCCUUUGGAAAUUCUACGGGCCUUAUGGUAAGGCUAAUAGGCUAAGAAAGCUUCCCUGGUGAA